AGCAAGACGGACGUGUCAGGGACCUCCCAUCUCUCCUGUGCCAAUUAGUGACCUGAUCUGAACAUCCAACCCCACGUGAAGGCAUAGAAUUCCUCUCUCUGGAGUUAACACAGCUAUCACAGGACACAGCUAUCACAGGACACAUCUAACACAGGACACAGAACGCUGGUGAAAGUCUGGUGGGUUGGACUUGACACUAUCUUGACCUCGGAAGAUAUCACAGCAUCUCAUCACUAACUACUCAGGCUGUACCAGGACACUGCUGCAUCACGUCGCCCGCCACAAGGAGCGUCCGCCAGAGGUCCAGAAUGACGUGGUGACGAGCCUCCAUCAGUAGCAGCGUCAGUAGCAGCGUCAGUUCCUCUCCUCCAGGCUUAGUAACCAUGAGAGCACUAGCAUGGGUCUUGGUAGUGACGUGUUGGCCUGCCCUGACCCUGGGUAUGAUGGGAGACGAGUACCCUGUUGUAGCCUGGGAGGAUAUAUGGGAGGAGGUGGGACAGAUGACCAAGAACAAGACCUACUGUGUUCAUGAGAGUUCACACUGCUGGCGUAACAACUCCCUCCCCAUCAGGAAAGGUCUCUGUAGCCAGUGCCAGUGUGACGACGAGUGUGUGGUGUACGGUGACUGCUGUUUGGACAAGGCACAAGCAGACUGGGGUGACGGCAGAGAGGAACACAGCGACAGAUACACCUGUGGCAAGAUGGCGACCUCGGGGCUGGAAGGCCUCAUGAUGGUGGAGUCCUGUAGGAUGGAUUAUGUUGGUCUUCCUGUAGAGCGUCUUUGUAAACAACAGGUAACUCCAGAGGCCUACACUUACGUUCUUGACCUACCUGUGACCUCCCGUGCCACCAACACCACCUACGUUAACUACCACUGUGCUGUGUGUAACGACGACGCCCGUAACCUUCACACCUGGAACGUGACCAUUAACUGCAGCACUAAACAGAUCUUGAAGACUUACACAUUGGUGGAAUUCAUGCAGAAGGCGACCUACCAACCUGGCCUGAGGAAGUGGCAGCGCUUCACCUACCGCUCACCUGAGGACGAGAAACGCAUUAUCCCCGACGAGUUUCACGUGUGCUACUUCGAUGUGUUAGAGUUCAAGAAGUCAGAUAAAUUCAUCAAGAAGUAUGGUGGCCGCUUGUGUAUCUACCCCAAGGGUGUGUGUGAGAAGAAGCCCAGCAGCAGGACACACAUCUGCAAGCAGCAAGUGCGGCAUUGUGAUCCCGCCUGGCCGGACCAACUGGAUAGGGAAAAGUGUCGCCGAUACUCACAACUUUUCAUGCACAAGAAUGGAACCAGCCAUGAAACUGUCUAUAAAAAUCCACAUUGUGCUAGAUGCAAUUUUGUUAAUGUCUCCUCUAGUGCUGUGAGCUGCGUGCAUUCCCUAUUGUCUAAGAAGUGUGUGUCCAACAGAAGUACAGGUUCAGGGAACCUUCCUACAUGUUUCUCAGUGCUGAUGGACUUCAGGGAGAACACUUGUAACACUGCUGAUGAGUUAUGGGAUCCCAUUCACUUAACUUGUAAGAAGAUUUAUUGUGGGCGUCUCUUCAAACUUGAAAAUGGUGAAUGUGUUAAGGACUACACAGCUUACCAGUCAUUAGGAAAUUCUACACUGCUUGAUAACUCCUGCCCAAAGAUUGAGCUUCUUGAAGAUGAUUAUGUUCCUCGACCUGAUGGUUCAGUGUUUGUCAACACCACCAAGAAGGUGUAUAAGAAGGGUGAAUUUGAAAUGCACAGUGAAACAAAGAUUUUAGUCUGCAACGACCACUACCAGUACACGGCCGGAUUUUCAGAAAUUCACAGUUUGUUGACUUUAAUAGUUUUGCUUAUAUCUCUUGCUGGUCUGGCACUACACAUCAUCGUCUACCUUCUUGUGCCACGCUUCAGGAAUCUGCCAGGGAAGAACCUCUUCUGUCUCAGCUGUUGCCUCUUCAUUGCUCACCUUAUCUUCCUCACAGGGAUGAGAACCCACAUUCAUGAGCUAUGUGUCUUCAUCUCUGCUGCACUCCACUACUUUUGGCUGGCAUCCUUCUGCUGGAUGAAUGUUAUGAGUGUGGACGUGUGUCGCACAUUUACCAGCCAGCUCUACAGGGGAGACACGGAUGCACGCCAGAGCUUCAUCUUCUACUCCAUAUACGCGUGGACCAUCCCCGCACUUGUUGUCACCUUAUCACUUGUCUUCGAUUACACCAACGUUCUCCCAGAGUACCGUCCCGGGUAUGCUACGGAUUUGUGUUGGCUGAACAACCGGUAUGGCCUGGCAUUGUUCUUCCUCUUUCCUGUUGGAGCCAUCGUUCUGGAAAACACUAUUCUCUUCUUUGUGACCGCUUGUGGGAUAUAUAAACAAGUUAAAGCAGCCAGGUAUGCCAACAGGCGGUCCCAGAGUGUUAAGGAAGGACACGGAGCCCAGGGUGCCAAGAACUCAAAACCUGGGAAGAUGCAGAAGGAAGGAGGUUUUAAACAAAUUCUACAGGGUCGGAGGAGUGCCAAGGAGCGUGUGCGACUGAUCUUGUACAUCAAACUUGGGCUGAUUCAGGGGUUGUCCUGGAUCACUGGGUUCAUGGCCGCCUUUGUUGAUGUCCCCGCCUGCUGGUACCCCUUCACUGUCCUCAAUGGUCUACAGGGAGCCUUCAUAUUCCUUGGCUUUGAUAUGAAGAGGAAGGUCGGAGAAGCGGUGUGGGAGGCACUUGUUGGGCGACCAUGGCGAAAACACAGAAGUUCUAAAGGCACUCGUACUACCACUUUUGGCCAGAGUAGUUCCAGCCAAAAUCAAUCGUCAAGGUCAAGCAGUCCCCAACAGGCCAAAAUCAUAAAGAAGUUAAUCUCCCAAAGAAGUACUAAUGCGGACUCACUGCGAGGUGUUCAGACAGACCCAUCAUCCAAGAGCCGAGUUGAAGGUGUGAGGAACGGCGACCUGAGAGCCGGUGUAGUGAAGGGAAAGUUUGAUGAUGAGAGUGGUGGUGGUGGUGAUGUUGUCAGGAAUCAGCCACAAUAUGGACUGGAUGAUGACUGCUGCAGUAGCUUUAAGUCUCCCGGCCAAGACUCCAGUAAACAGCAGAGGAGUAAGCCGGACCUGCAGCGUGUGGUGGACCUCCUGCAGCAGCUUCAACUGACCAACAACUCUAUGGAUCUACCUGACUUGGUUCAACAGCUGCUCUUGAGAAGUGGAGGAGCCACGGAUAGUGGGCAAAGCUCAUUAAACCUUUCCAAAUGUAAGAGUUUUACUGAAGGCACCAACCCAGUAGUGCAAGAGGAGCAACGUAAAGCACUUACAGCCAGACUGAGGCUACUGGAGUACUCCAAGGAGUGCCCAACAAUCCACAGCCUCAUCACCUCACACGCCCACACACCGCCCCGUGAGACCCAGCAACUACCAAAUAAAGGCACUGGCAUCAGCACCAUUACCCAAAACAGUGAUUUCUACCCCAGUGGAUUGCCUGUGUUAAGCUACCACUCUCCUACACAACAGCACAAGGAACUUAAGGCCCUAGUCAAUGCAGUGAACAAUUCACACAAAACUGGUUUGUGUUCCUCACUUAAGCAUCACCAGUCACAGUUAUUUACUGAUGAAGAAGAGUUUAAAAAGAAUCAAAACAAACAAGAUCAGACACAAGGAUUUACAUGUCCUCUACAAAGGACACCUAAGUCACAGUCCUUUUCUCAGAUAUCUCAAGUGGCGUUGGCAGCAGCAAUAAUGCAGAAAGCUGCCUUAGAUGCCAGGGAGAGGCGGCAGCGUGGUGAAGAGGAUGGUAAAAGGGAAGACGGAAGGAAAUCUUUAAAUACUAAUUUGAGCAAGAAAGGGAGAGCUUCAGAGAGCUUGGUGUGAUCAACCAAAGAAGAAAUUAUUAUAAAUUAUACAGCAUAUGUGAUGAAUGAAAGAGAAGUGCCACCACUUUUCUGAUAGUGUGCUGAUAAGACAAUGAAUUUUCCAGGCAAAUCUGAGGUAAAUAUUUAGAAUGGACGCUGCUGAAUGAGUAAACACUUUACUUCUGUAUGAUACUUACAUAUCCAUGUGCAACACAAAAGUUUCCUGUGUAAAUUUUUGCCAGCCAUAUUAGUUAACUAGGAUAUAUUACCUUAAACCAGUUGUGUAAAUAUAGGACUCAGCAAAGCAUUACAGUACAAGUUAACACAUCUUGUAAGUAUCAACAGCAGAAGAUUAUCCUCGUAUGUGUACAGCAGUUCUAUGCCUCAAGAGUAUAUGACUGCAGUAAACUGUAUCACAUUUAACUAUACAGUAUAUAGAUAAACUGUGAAAGAUGUUUUGGUAUAUAUCUACAUCACAGUACAGUUAGUUGUAUAUGGUAAUUCUCACAGUAUAUCACAAUUAAGCUAAAUAAAUGUACUAUAUAGAGAUCUUAAUAUUCAUAUGUCUGUAAUAUCUUGAGUGUACUGUAGGUCUUAAUUUUUAUAAAGUCAAUAGCCAGUUGUGUAUGUCAGCCUAUUUAUUCACAAAAAACUAGUACAUCAACACUUCUUUGUACGCUACAACCAUGAAGCUUUUGGUGGAUAUUUCAUUCUGUUCAUUAUUUUCAUCAUAACAACAUGAAAACUGCAUGAUACUGUACUCUUAAUCUCUGCUAUAAUGUACUGUGUCAUUGUGCUUUUCAUUAUACCUGAGGCAUUGUUACGUCUCAUAUACCGGUAGCCAGGUUACGGUUUAAUAAUGAGAAUUUAAUAAUACUCGUAGUUUAUGAUAUAAGAGGUGUGGCUGAGAGGUUGACAAAGUACUUAUGAUCUCAAAGGAAAUCUGUCACUUGGUUCUAUUUAAACAAUGUGGAAUCAAGGUUGUGUGUUAAAGUGCCUGAAGGAGACAGAAGUGGAUGAAAAUGACAAUGGAAGGUGAUGGAUAAUUGACAAAGAUGAUGGAUAAUUAAUAAAUGUGAUGGAUAAUUGACAAAGGUGAUGGAUAAUUGAUAAAUGUGAUGGAUAAUUGACAAAGGUGAUGGAUAAUUGACAAGGGUGAUGGAUAAUUGACAAAGGUGAUGGAUAAUUGAUGACAAAAAAAACAUUAAAAUAAAUUUAACUUUGUUGACUGGAUAUUCAGAGAGAGUACAUGAGCCACCCAACUCAAUGACACAAUUAUGAAUGAUUAAUCAGGGUUAAGUGUCAUUAAAUGAAACUUAAUUCUUGUUUUAUCAGCACAAUAGUUUCAGUUCAUUGUGUAUUAGGACGUAAGCAAGUAAGAGUGAUUUAGUCUGUCAGUUGUAAGUAAAUCACUAAUGUGUUUAUGUGGGAUAGAGCAAGGCAAGCAGAAGCCUCUAUAAAAGGAGAUUGUGGAGGAGAGCAGUGAAGCAGGUACACACACACACACACACACAUUUAACUUACAUACAAUGUAUACUAAGUGAAUCCUUAACCCCUCGGUAUAAAGUAUUCUGGUUAAUUCAUAAACAGUAUCUGGGUUCACAAAAUACACUUUUAACAAUGAACAUAAGACAGUUUUAAACCAUGUACUGUACUCUUAUGAUACCUGACCUGCUGGUCACUGCAAAAUUUUAUUUCAUAAAUUAAAUAUAUUGAGCAGAUUUAAUAACUAGCUAAAUACAGUAUUGAAAUCUGCUUCUUUAACAGUACACAGUUCACAAAUUACACACCACAUUGUGAGUAAUUUUUAAUCAAAGAUUAUUAUCCUUUCCAAGGAACUGUACUGUACUGUAUUGUAUUGUAUUCUGUGGUUUUCUUUUGGCCUCAUAGAAUUUAAAUAAUUAACUAUCUGUACAGUACAAUGCUUUCAAACAAUGACCAACAGCCUCAUUUAAUGACACCAAUCUUGGUCACCAAUAUCACGGGGGUAUGAGUAGAACAGACUACAGUACUGUACUGAGGAGAGUAACUUAAUAGCUGAUACAGUACAAGAAAUACAUGUCAUGCCUCCUAUAAACAUUUUCAUUCCAUAAAUGUAAUAAUAUAAGCAAUAGGGAUCUUCCUGUUAAAAAUACAAUUACUUUUGUUUUACCAAAAAAGAUAGAAUCAUUUGUACAAUUUUUUUUUUCUAUUUUGUUGAGCGUUGGUCUUACCACUACCUUACGUCAUCACUCUUCCAAACUUUUUAUUACAGUUAUUGGGAGAGUCAGUCAGUCAGUCAGUCAGUCGAGAUAAUGAGGUUGCCUGAUACAGUGUAAUGCUUUCCGCAAUUACUGGGUGAGUUGAUUUUAUAGUCCUGUAGGUAACACUUAUUGUAGUAGAGUACAGUAGUAGUUAGUGGUACAGUAGUUACAAUAGGACUGAAGAGUCUUGUCUUAUAAGACCUAGCUUAUGAAUUACUCUAUUCUGAAAUUUUCAAGUACGUGGGCCAUUACUAGUGAAACUGUACUUAUAAAGGAAAUCAUGACUUGUACAUUAUAUUAUUUUAAUUUUGAGCAAAUUAUUGAGCUUUACAUUAGUAUAGGAGCCAAGGCAAUUUGUCUCACUAUCUCACAGAUGCUUACAAUACUGUCCACAAAAUAUGAUAUUACAGAAAAUAAAACAUAAUACUACAGUUACUAACAUAACAUAAAAAUAAAAUUAUGAGUCAUUAUAAACUUGCCUGGUCAUAGCUGGAGGGGAUUCCUGUGUGUCUCUGAUUCUUGGCCAUACUGUACAGUACAGUCCAUACUCCCAACAUCUUCAUCAUCUUCACUACUGGGUUCCUCACCU